UGCCAAGUCGUCCUUUCUUCCUUUUCUUUUCGCCGAGAGUCCGUGUGAGUCUCGAUCUACUGUGUAGCACAAAGAUUUAAUAUAUCGAGGAAUAUCCUUUCAGUCGAGCAUCAUCUGACGUUCUCUUCUGCAAAUCAGCACAAUGGUGAAGAUCUUCAAGCCUGGCCGCGUGGUGAUCAUGCUCGGUGGCCGUCACACCGGCAAGAAGGGUAUUGUGGUCAAGACCAACGAGGAGGGCACCCGUGACCGGCCCUUCGAACAUGCCCUGGUUGUUGGCAUUGACCGAUACCCUCGUAGAGUCAAGAAGUCUAUGAGCAAGAGCAAGAUUGCCCGCAGGUCUACACUCAAGCCUUUCAUCAGGAUUGUCAACCUGAAGCACAUGAUGCCCACUCGCUACACCACCACAGAUAUUGUCUUUAACAAGGAUAAGGUGAACAAGGAGGUCCUGAAGGAUCCUGGCCGAAGGCAGAAGCUGCGCCAGGUUGUCAAGGCUCAGCUCGAAGAAAGGUACAAGACUGGCAGGAAUCGCUGGCUUUUCCAGAAGCUGAGGUUCUAAAUAAACUUGAGAAUUUUGA